AAGAAAAAAAAACGUUUUCUUUCCUUCGUUUAUGUAUGCAGGGCCUGCGGUUCUAUUUAAAGCUUGUUAUCGCAGGUAGUAGAGGCACAUCCCAGUUGGAAGGGCAGCCAAUAAGGUAAGGGGUGACGAAAAUGGCUCCAACGACCGCCACCAAGGACGACAGUGGCUACGGCGACGAGCGCCGGCGCGAGCUGCAGGCGUUCGACGACACGAAGCUGGGGGUGAAAGGUCUGGUGGACUCCGGCGUCAAGUCCAUCCCGUCCAUCUUCCACCACCCGCCGGAAGCCCUGAGCGACAUAAUUUCUCCGGCGCCUCUGCCGUCGUCGCCACCCUCCGGCGCCGCCAUCCCGGUGGUGGACCUCUCGGUGACGCGGCGCGAGGACCUAGUCGAGCAGGUGAGGCACGCGGCCGGGACGGUGGGCUUCUUCUGGCUGGUGAACCACGGCGUGGCGGAGGAGCUGAUGGGCGGCAUGCUCCGCGGGGUGCGCCAGUUCAACGAGGGCCCCGUGGAGGCGAAGCAGGCGCUCUACUCCAGGGACCUGGCUCGCAACCUGCGCUUCGCCUCCAACUUCGACCUCUUCAAGGCCGCUGCGGCCGACUGGCGCGACACGCUCUUCUGCGAGGUGGCUCCGAACCCGCCGCCGCGGGAGGAGCUGCCGGAGCCACUGAGGAACGUGAUGCUGGAGUACGGCGCGGCGGUGACGAAGCUGGCGCGGUUCGUGUUCGAGCUGCUGUCCGAGUCCCUCGGCAUGCCCAGCGACCACCUGUACGAGAUGGAGUGCAUGCAGAACCUGAACGUGGUGUGCCAGUACUACCCGCCGUGCCCGGAGCCGCACCGCACCGUGGGCGUCAAGAGGCACACGGACCCUGGCUUCUUCACCAUCCUCCUGCAGGACGGCAUGGGCGGCCUGCAGGUGCGCCUCGGCAACAACGGGCAGAGCGGCGGCUGCUGGGUGGACAUCGCUCCCCGGCCUGGGGCGCUCAUGGUCAACAUCGGUGAUCUUCUGCAGCUCGUGACCAAUGACCGGUUCAGGAGCGUGGAGCACCGGGUGCCAGCCAACAAGAGCAGCGACACGGCGAGGGUCUCCGUGGCGUCCUUCUUCAACACGGACGUGAGGAGGUCCGAGAGGAUGUACGGCCCCAUUCCAGACCCCAGCAAGCCCCCGCUGUACAGGAGCGUCAGGGCCCGAGACUUCAUCGCAAAGUUCAACACCAUAGGACUCGAUGGCCGCGCGCUCGACCACUUCAGGCUCUAGCUACCUGGCUACGUUUCAGAUUCGUCCUUUCAUUUGCUUUGGUCUCUAAUUAAUAAUUCCAAAUAAUAAGCCCGCGGAUGGACCUCUGUCUGUCUGUCUGUAAUUUAGUUUCCAAGUUUAGUUUGUUGUGGUAAUUCCUGUAUCAAUUAUGUCAUAAAUAAAAGCUAGGGAACCUUGAUAAAUAACAGAGAGUAUAGUAUGUAUACCACGACACUGACUCGAUCGAGAAUUGGGAAAAAAAUAACUAGUUUG